AUGAGACCGAUGGAACGUCGCGAGAUGCGGUUCAAGCUCAGUGAGAAAGACAUUGAAUUCUCCAUCAAAGAGCUUCUCAGCAACGAAGCCGCUGCAGGCAUUGUGGCCGACUUUAUGCUCUCCACGGGGUUGUUACAACAAUUCCAUGACACAGACCCGCAGGCGAUCGGUCUCGAGGUUAUCGAAGAAGCUUCGGACAAGGGGUGA